AUGCCCGAGCCUCCUCCAGCCCCUGUGGGAGCUGCGGCGAAGAAGGGCGGCAAAGGCAAGGACGACAAGAAGGCCGACAGUAAAGCCAGCGACGGCAAAAAAGAAGGAAAAACCGGCGAUAGCAAAAAGGACGGCAAGUCAGGCGAUAGUAAAAAGGAGGGGAAAACAGGCGACGGCAGCAAGUCGAAAGGAUCAUUCUCCGUGCCCUCCUCAUCCUCCAAAACUUCCACCUCCCAGCCCGCUGCCCCCGCGCCAAAGCCCACCGUCGCGCUUCUCGUGCGCUCCUCUCUGCCCCCCGCUGCCAAGGCUGCCGCGUCUGUGGCUAAGUCCUCGUCUAGUGGGGCCGGCCCGACGUCCCCGUCGUCGACAAGCGGGGGUAUAGGCGCGUCUGGUGGGGAUGGUGGGGGUAGUGGGAGUGGGGGAGUGCCGGUGAAGGUUCUGUCUAAGUCCUGGAGUGCUGCUGCUGCGGGGUUGAAAGAUGCGGCAGCAGCAGCCGUUGGUGCUGUGAGCAGCAGCAGCAUUAGCGGUGGCGGUGGGAGUGGUGGAAACGGGCCUGUGAAUGCGUGGUCGUCGUCGCCUGUCAUCGUUUCUGGACCGUCCAAAGGGAAGAACGCGGAGAGCAAGGCGGAGAAGGUCUCGUCUCCUAAGGACUCAUCAUUGCAACAAGACGCCAGUUCCGCAGGCAAGGCGUCUGACAAGCCUGUAGCAGGAGGGACAGGAGGCGACGAGAAGGGCAGGAAAGACAAGGCUGGGAGCAAGGCGGAUAGCCAAGAAGGGGAAGGGAAAGCUGAGAACGGUAGCGGUGGUGGUAGUAAUAAGGGGAGUCAAUCCAGGCAGAAGAAGAAAGGCAAGGAGCAAUCGGUUCCCGCACCUGCGGUGCCUGCUCCGGUGACCGCCGCCGUGCCUGCGAACUCUGUCUGGAAAGCCAAGCCUGCUGCGCUGCUGCUUCGGCCAGAGGCUGGGAAGGCGCCGAGCCAACAGCAGGCACAGCAGCAGAAGCAGCAGCCCGCGCAGCAGCAGCAGCAAGAGCAGCAGCAGGGGAAGCAGGCUGGAAGGGCGACAACAGAAUCGCAAGGGAAGACAGAUGCCGCAACCACCUCCUCUCCUGUACCUCCUCCCAUCAAAACCACAGCCACCGUCUCCCCAGACCCCCCUCCCCCCUCUUCCGCCCACCUCCCGCCCUCCACUUCCCUCUCCGUCUGGACGAAGGAAUCCGCCUCACUCCACUCCACCUCUCUCCACUCCUCACCUCAUUCCACCUCUCUCCACUCCUCUCUCCAUCCCACCCCCCCGUCCUCCUCCUCGUCCUCCUCCUCCACCCCAACUGAGUGCGAAUUCUCGACCACCUCGGGCCUCUCCUCUCCCCCUUCCUCCUUCCCCUCUACCCCCCGCGCCAUGGCCAGUCUCUCCCCCUCCGCCAGCAUGGGCAGUUGCGCCGACCACCUCCCUGCCGAGCCUGUCACCGAACCUGCCUCCAGCCCAGCCGAACCGGCUGCCGAGCCUAGCGUCGUGGGUUCGGAAACGCUGUUGAAUGGGAGGUCGGGCUCGGUUUCCCCCUUGGAGAGGCAGCGCAGGCGGGUGACCUGUACUGUGCCUUCUCCUCCCUUUCCUUACAUGUCUCCCUCUCCUCCUGCAACUCCUGUCUCGCUCUUUUCCAGACUCGGAUUCCCCCUGGGAGAGGCAGCGCAGGCGGUGCCGGUUCGGUUUCCCCCUGGGAGAGGCAGCGCAGGCAGUGCUGGUGCACGGGGGCUCGGAUUCCCCCUGGGAGAGGCAGCACAGGCGGUGCUGGUGCACGGGGGAGACCUGGGUGGCUGCCUCAACCACCUGCUCGUCUACCACGAGUGCUCCUGCCGCCCCUCCGCGCUCUCUGCUUCUGCGCCCUCCCCAUUCGUCGAUAUUUCUCUGGAGUUGCAAGCUCUGUCUGAGAUCAUGUCAGCUGGAUCGCUGCCCCAGGACCGGUUGGAGCAUGCGUUGGUGCUCGCCUCGGGAGACAUCAGCUAUGCCCUGCACCUCUCGAACCACUGCAUACCGCACAACACCACUGCCUUCCCUGUUGGGCCUUCUGACCCUGUCUUUGCCCAUCUGUCCCGCUCGGCCUCCCCCUCCCCUUCCCCCUCGCCACCCUCUCCUCUUCCUGAUUACACCAUCCCAUCUCCCUCACUCGUCAUCCCCCUCUCGAAUACCAACCCUGGCACCUACUCUCACACCCCUAUGACCACACUCACUCCCACCACUGCUUCCUCCUCUUCCUCCCUCCAGCACACAUCUCUCCUCUCCGGUAUCUGGUCUAGCUCAUCGCCGAACCUCCCUUCUGCCGCCCAUGCCAGUCCCGCACCUCCUCCUGGGUUCGGCCCGAGCCUCAAUUCUGCUGCAGCUCCACUCGGUAACAGUGCCAGCUUCGGGGAUGAGGAGGAUCUUUUCUCCCGGAUCCUCCCUGGUCUGCUGGGUUAA